AUGGGCAGCAUUGGAAGGGCGGAAGAUUUUAACGACAGACAAACUGAGAUUGAUGCCAAAAAUGUGCCCUACAAUCAAUAUCAAUAUGAGGCUGAGGGAAAUAGUUCAUGGGCAGGAGCACUCCCAGUAAAGCAGGGUUUAUAUGAUCCUAGCUUGGAGAAGGAUGCCUGCGGUGUUGGUUUUGCUUGUAACAUUAAAGGCAAACCCAGCCACAAAAUCGUCAGCGAUGCACGAAACCUGCUUUGUAACAUGACCCAUCGGGGUGCUGUGGGUUCUGAUUCGAGAGACGGAGACGGUGCUGGUGUUAUGACAUCCAUUCCUCACAAAUUCUUUAUCAAAAACUUCGAGCGCGAGACGGAUAUUAAGCUCCCACCGUUGGGUCAAUAUGCUGUGGGCAAUCUCUUCUUUAAACCAGAUGAGGAAACUCUACAAGAAUCAAAGAAACAAUUGGAAGAGAUCUCAGAGUCACUGGGAUUGAGAGUACUGGGCUGGCGAGAGCCUCCUAAAGAUUCUACUCUCCUUGGUCCUGCUGCUGCAUCUCGUGAGCCUAUCAUAUUGCAGCCGUUCGUAGUGCUAGCAUCUGCAUAUGGCCCUGGAAACUCGCCAGAAACUACCGACCCUGAGAAAUUUGAUGAGAAACAUUUCGAGAGACAGCUUUAUGUACUCCGAAAGCGUGCAACCCAUACCAUUGGUUUACACAAUUGGUUCUAUUUGUGCUCCCUGUCUAACAAAAACAUUGUCUAUAAAGGACAACUCGCCCCUGUACAGGUUUAUCAGUAUUUCUAUGAUCUGGUGAACGCUGAUUACGAAGCCCAUUUUGCUCUUGUGCAUUCACGUUUCUCUACAAAUACUUUCCCAUCAUGGGAUCGUGCUCAACCAUUACGAUGGGCAGCUCACAAUGGUGAAAUCAACACCCUCCGAGGAAACAAGAACUGGAUGCGUGCGCGAGAAGGUGUGAUGCAAUCCGAUGUUUUUGGCGAAGAGCUCGAAUCGCUGUACCCUAUCGUUGAAGAUGGAGGCUCUGACUCGGCUGCAUUUGACAAUGUUCUCGAGUUACUCACCAUCAAUGGAGUCCUUUCUCUACCUGAGGCUGUCAUGCUGAUGGUGCCAGAAGCGUGGCAAGAAAACGCCGCAAUGGAUCCAGCGAAGGCUGCUUUCUAUGAGUGGGCAGCUUGCCAAAUGGAACCUUGGGAUGGACCGGCACUUUUCACCUUCGCGGAUGGCAGAUACUGCGGUGCGAAUCUUGACAGAAACGGUCUUCGGCCAUGUAGAUACUAUGUCAUGGAUGAUGACAGAAUUAUUUGUGCGUCUGAAGUCGGUACUAUUCAAGUGGAUCCAGAGCGUGUUAUUCUCAAGGGUCGUCUGCAGCCAGGAAAGAUGCUUCUCGUAGACACCGUCGCAGGGCGCAUCAUUGACGAUGCCGAAUUGAAGAACACUGUCGCUAAACGACACGAUUUCCGAUCUUGGCUUCAUAAGGAGCUCGUCAGCUUACCCAAGGUUCAUGAAAAAUUGAUAACUCAAGGUAUAGUCGACUUGGCCCCAAAGCCUGAUGAUAGUACUAUCCAGGAGGAUGCUCUCUUGAAGGCUUUCGGGUAUACUUUCGAGCAAGUUUCCUUGGUUCUUGCACCAAUGGCUACUGACGAAAAGGAGGCACUUGGCUCCAUGGGUAACGACGCACCUCUCGCAUGUCUUUCCAAUGCCCCUCGUCUAUUAUACGAGUACUUCCGUCAACUUUUCGCCCAAGUUACCAAUCCUCCCAUUGAUCCUAUCAGAGAAGCUAUCGUCAUGUCCCUUGAAUGCUACGUUGGCCCUCAAGGAAACUUGUUAGGAAUGGAGUCAUCACAGUGCGGCAGGUUGCUGCUCCCGACACCUAUUCUCUCCAUUCCCGAGUUCAAUGCUCUCAAAAAUAUCAACAAGUUCUAUCCAAAAUGGACAUCCAAGGUCAUUGACUUGACAUUCCCAAGAUCCGAAGGUGUCGAAGGAUACCUUAAACAUUUGGAUUACAUUUGCGAGCAAGCCACCGCUGCCAUCGAAAACAAGGAUCCAAUAAUUAUUCUGUCCGACCGUGCAACAUCUGCGGACCGAAUUUCAGUAUCUACUCUUCUCGCUUCUGGGAUGGUUCACCAUCACCUUGUUAACAACAAGUGGCGAUCACAUGCUGCUUUGGUAGUCGAAACUGCUGAAGCUCGUGAGGUUCACCAUAUGUGUGUGCUUGUCGGAUAUGGUGUGGAUGCCGUCAAUCCAUAUCUUGCAAUGGAGUGUAUCAUCAAGCUCAACCGUGAAGGUUUGAUCAGAAAGAAGCUCAGUGAUGAGCAACUCGUCCGUAAUUACAAGUACUCUGCCGAUGGUGGUAUUCUUAAGGUUAUGAGUAAAAUGGGUAUCUCUACACUUGCUAGUUACAAGGGAGCUCAAAUUUUCGAGGCUCUUGGCGUUGACGAUUCUGUUGUAGACCGCUGCUUCAAGGGUACUGCCACAAGAAUCAAGGGUAUAACCUUUGAGCAAAUUGCCGAAGAUGCUUUUAGAUUCCACGAGAAAGGUUUCCCAUCACGAUACACUGUCACCAUUCCGGGUCUUGUCGAAUCUGGCGAGUAUCAUUGGCGUGAUGGUGGUGAGCCUCACAUUAACGAUCCUACCUCCAUUGCCAACAUUCAAGAUGCCGUUAGAACCAAGAACGAUAAGUCAUAUGAGGCAUACUCACUCUCCGAGUAUGAGCAAAUAAAAUCGUGCACAUUGCGAGGCCUCCUCGACUUCAAUUUCGAGGAAAGCAAUCCAGUUCCAAUUGACCAAGUCGAGCCAUGGACGGAGAUUGUUAGGAGAUUCUGCACUGGUGCCAUGUCAUACGGUUCCAUUUCAAUGGAAUCACAUUCUACUCUUGCUGUUGCGAUGAACCGUCUCGGGGGCAAGUCCAACACAGGUGAAGGUGGUGAAGACCCAGAACGUUCUGAAGUCAUGUCAAACGGUGAUACAAUGAGAUCAGCUAUUAAGCAAGUCGCAUCUGGACGAUUUGGUGUCACCUCUAAUUAUCUCGCUGACUCAGAUGAGAUUCAAAUUAAGAUGGCCCAAGGUGCUAAGCCUGGAGAAGGUGGCGAGCUUCCCGGCCACAAAGUGUCACAGUCCAUUGCCAGAACUCGUCAUUCGACUCCUGGUGUUGGUCUUAUUUCCCCACCUCCUCAUCACGAUAUUUACUCCAUCGAAGAUUUGAAACAAUUGAUUUAUGAUCUCAAGUGUGCCAAUCCUCGCGCGCGAGUAUCUGUCAAGCUCGUGUCAGAGACCGGUGUGGGUAUUGUCGCUUCUGGUGUUGCCAAAGCAAAGGCUGAUCACAUCUUGAUUUCUGGACACGACGGUGGAACUGGUGCUUCUCGAUGGACUGGUAUCAAGUACGCAGGUCUGCCCUGGGAACUUGGUCUUGCUGAAACCCAUCAAACUUUGGUUUUGAACGAUCUCCGUGGUCGUGUCGUUGUUCAAACUGAUGGCCAGCUUCGAACUGGUCGUGAUGUUGCCAUUGCAUGUCUGCUUGGUGCGGAAGAGUGGGGGUUUGCUACCACUCCUCUGAUUGCCAUGGGCUGCAUAAUGAUGAGAAAAUGUCACUUGAACACCUGCCCGGUCGGUAUAGCCACUCAGGAUCCCCUCCUACGCAAGAAGUUCACAGGUACUCCAGAGCAUGUCAUCAAUUUCUUCUACUAUAUCGCCAACGAGCUUAGAGCCAUUAUGGCAAAGCUUGGUUUCAGGACAAUCAAUGAGAUGGUUGGACAUGCCGAAUGUUUAAGAGUUCGGGAUGAUCUUCGCACGAAGAAGACUAGCAAUAUUGAUCUCUCUCUCAUUCUUACUCCUGCUCAUAAGCUCAGACCAGGAGUUGCUACCUUCAAUGUCCGCAAACAGGAUCACCGACUUUACGUCCGCCUUGAUAACAAGUUGAUUUCCGAGGCAGAGUUGACUCUUGAUAAGGGUCUGCCGUCCCGAAUUGAGUGCGACAUUGUUAAUACUGAUCGUGCUAUGGGUACCUCUUUGUCAUAUCAAAUUUCUAAGAGAUAUGGUGAGGAUGGAUUGCCUAUGGAUACCGUCCAUGUCAAUAUCAAGGGAUCUGCUGGUCAAUCUUUUGGUGCAUUCCUUGCUCCUGGUGUUACCCUAGAGCUCGAAGGUGACGCAAAUGACUAUGUAGGAAAGGGUCUUUCCGGUGGUCGCCUGAUCGUCUAUCCACCCCGCUCUGCAGUCUUUAAAGCCGAAGAAAACGUCAUCGUUGGUAACGUCUGUCUUUACGGUGCGACCAGUGGAACUGUCUUCUUCCGCGGUGUUGCCGCCGAGAGAUUCGCUGUCCGAAAUUCCGGAGCCACGGCAGUAGUUGAGGGUGUUGGUGACCAUGGUUGCGAGUACAUGACUGGUGGCCGUGUUCUCAUCUUAGGUUCAACUGGACGCAACUUUGCUGCCGGUAUGUCUGGUGGUAUUGCUUACAUCCUCGAUAUUCAGCAAGAUUUCAUGUCCAAGUUAAACACAGAGAUGGUUGAAGCUUCAGGCAUUGAUGACCCAGCUGAGAUUGCGUUCGUUCGAAGCUUGAUCGAAGAUCACCACCAUUACACUGGCUCCGAGCUUGCUGCCCGUAUUCUUCUUGACUUCAACAGAGCACUACGUAGAUUUGUCAAGGUCUUGCCUGUUGACUACAAGCGUGUCCUACAAGAAGAAGCCAAGAAAGCUGCUGAAGCCAAGAAGGCAAGAUACCCUUUGCCAUUUCUCCCAGGAAACCCAGUCCAUGGACUUCAUGAGAAGAACCAAAAGGAGAACAAGAAACCAUCUGAUCUUCAGGAUAUCGAGGAAACUAUUGGCGAUUCCGCCGCUGAAAAGAAGAGAUCCUUGGUUUUGGACAAAACUAAGGGUUUCAUGAAGUAUCAACGUCGAUCUGAGAAAUACCGCUCAGCCAAAACUAGAACUCGCGAUUGGGCUGAACUUUCCAAGCGUCUUGACGAAGAUGAACUCAAAUACCAAGCAGCUCGUUGCAUGGACUGUGGUGUUCCCUUCUGUCAAUCCGACUCGGGUUGCCCAAUCUCCAACAUCAUUCCCAAGUGGAACGAAUUGGUCUUCGCGAACCAAUGGAGAGAUGCUCUUAACCGUCUUCUCAUGACAAACAAUUUUCCGGAAUUCACUGGUCGUGUAUGUCCCGCUCCUUGUGAGGGUGCAUGUGUUCUUGGCAUCAACGAAGAUCCUGUUGGAAUCAAGUCCAUCGAAUGUGCCAUCAUUGACCGUGGAUUCGACAUGGGUUGGAUGAUUCCACAGGAACCAAAGGUCCGUACUGGGAAGACUGUUGCCGUCAUUGGUUCUGGACCAGCUGGUCUGGCUUGCGCCGAUCAACUCAACAAGGCUGGCCACAAAGUCACUGUCUACGAACGUGCUGAUCGUGCUGGAGGUUUACUAAUGUACGGGAUUCCAAACAUGAAGCUUGACAAGAAGAUUGUCAAGCGUCGUACAGAUUUCAUGGCUGCCGAAGGCAUCACCUUCAAAACUAACGUUGCAGUUGGCCAGGAUGUUCAACUUAUGGACCUCAAGACUGAAAAUGACGCUGUAGUGAUUGCUACCGGAGCCACUGUUGCCCGUGAUCUCCCAAUCAAGAAUCGAAGCCUUGAGGGCAUUCAUUUCGCCAUGCAGUUCUUGCACCGCAAUACCAAGUCCCUGCUCGACUCCGAGCUUGCUGAUGAUGAAUAUAUCUCCGCAAAGGAUAAGCAUGUCGUUGUCAUUGGUGGUGGUGAUACUGGAAAUGAUUGCAUUGGGACUUCCGUUAGACACGGUGCCAAGUCAGUCACAAACUUCGAGCUUUUACCUCAGCCACCGAAUGAGCGUGCCCGCGACAACCCAUGGCCACAAUGGCCACGAGUCUACCGUGUGGACUACGGACACACUGAAGUUAAGCAACACAUGGGCAAGGAUCCUCGUGAAUAUUGUGUUAUGUCUGAAGAGUUCGUUGAUGAUGGAACUGGAAAGGUCAAGGGUAUCAGCACUAUCCGUGUCGAAUGGACCAAGUCUUCCACUGGCGGUUGGGACAUGAAGAAAAUCGAAGGAUCCCAGCAAUUCUUCCCAGCUGACCUUGUCCUCUUGUCUAUGGGUUUCCUUGGACCUGAGGACCGGGUCCUUGGCGAUGACAUUGAGAAGGAUGGCAGAAAGAACGUCAAGACAGCUCCUGGAAAGUACUCUACCAAUGUUGAGGGUAUCUUUGCCGCAGGAGAUUGUCGUCGUGGACAAUCUCUUAUCGUUUGGGGUAUCAACGAAGGUAGACAAUGUGCUAGAGAGUGCGAUCGCUUUUUGGAGGGAUCUACCUCUUUACCUGUCACUGGUGGCAUUGUUAAGAGCAACGCAGCCGAAAUUCUAGCCCGAGGUCCUCAACGUGAGGUCUUAGGACGUGCUGAGCGCGCUUCUAUCCAGGUCAUCGCAGCUGCGACAUAA